CACACACAUUACCACCGAUCGCUAGACCGGUCAUUCUUGCGUUCUAAACAUUGAUUAACUCUAAACUCUGCCGAAGCUAAUUACAAUGAUGGCUACGUAACAUAAACUCGUUACCAUUUAUUACCGAUAAAUUAGAGUUUGUGGAAUCAGGCCCUGGAAUAAACAGUGUACGGUUAAUAAAAAUGUGCUUUAAUGUAUAUACUAUUGUGAAUAGUUAUGGCUGUGAAUAUUCUGUUUGUGUUUGCGUUAUUAGUGUCAUGUGGAUUUGCAGAAGAAUUUAAAAUAGGAGGUAUAUUCUACCAAAAUGCAGAAGACGCCAAAGUAGCGUUCAGCAUGAGCGCUAAGAUGUAUAACUUCACCCCUAUUAUAAGGGAGGUAUCAAAAAAAGGGGAGUUCCUCGAACUGAGCCAACACGUAUGUUCACUUGCGGAGGAAAGCGUCAUCGGUAUAAUAGAUGGGAUCGGUGGACGCUCCAGUAAGAUUAUCCAAGCACUGUGCGACACCAUGGAAUUACCUCACGUCGUCAUAAAACAUGACGUCAUCUAUACAAAGAACUGGUCGCUUCUGAAUCUGUAUCCCAGUCCGGUGGCGUACAAUAUGGUAUUAGAGAAAUUGAUAUUGCAAAAAGAAUGGAGAAACUUCACAUUGGUUUAUGUCAGAGGUAACAGUUUGUUGCGUUUACACAAUUUGCUGAUGAUCGGAAACGAUACGAACAAAUAUGCUGUUUCGGUAAGAGAAUUGGAUGGUUCAGAUUACAGAGAUGUACUUAUAAACGCCAAGGAAAACGGUUAUACUAAUUUUGUAAUGGAUUGCCCCUCACGGUAUUUGGAGCAGUUGUUGCGACAUGCCCAACAAGUGGGCUUGAUGGCUGAAGAACAUUCUUAUAUCAUCAUAUCGCCUGAUUUGUUCACGUUAGAUCUGGAGAGGUACAGAUAUUCGGGUGUCAAUAUGACAGGCUUCCGUUUAAUGAAUCUGCAGUCAAAUGAUCGACUUUGGAACUUCACAUACCAAUUCAACGUGGAGACUGGCAAAUCUUUACAACCUGAAGAGAUCAAAACUGAGCUUGUGUUGAUUCAUGAUGCAAUGCAAGUGUUCUCUGCAGCCUUAGAGAAGUUGAUAAACGUUCAAACUCAGUCGUUGAGCUGUGAGAACUACGAUGCUUGGAUGUAUGGUUCAUCACUGCUAAAUUUUAUGAGAACGAAUAAAGUUGAAGGCCUAACAAGAGCGUUACUUUUCAACGGUGAAGGCCUGCGCUCUGAAGUUACAUUUGAUGUAUUAGAAUUAACCUCAUCGGGAAACCAGACAAUUGGAUACUGGAAAUCUAACGAGUUAACUAUAGAAAGGCCAUUUAUUCCGGAUACAGAAAUAAUUGAAGAAUCAGUAUUGAGGAAUAAGUCCCUGAAAGUUCUCAUCGCUCUGACGCCUCCAUAUGCCUACAGAAAAGAAUCCGACGUAAAAUUAGAAGGCAAUGACCGCUACGAAGGAUUUACAAUAGAUCUAAUAGAUAAAAUUGCGGAUAUCCUCGGAUUCAGUUAUGAAUUCGAAAUCGAGGGUGUUUACGGUAAACUAAACCCAGAAACUGGCAAGUACACUGGUAUGGUCCUUCAACUAAUGGAAGAGAGAGCAGACUUAGCGAUUUGUGACUUCACAAUGACAGUAGAACGACAAAUGGCUAUUGACUUUUCCACGCCGUUUAUGACGACAGGUAUCGCUAUAUUGUAUAAACAACCAAGUAAACAGCCUCCCGCAAUGUUCUCCUUUAUGGAGGUUUUCUCCAAAGAGGUUUGGUAUUACAUGGUGCUGAUACAGCUGGGUUUGGGUGUGAUCAUGAUAUUUGUGGGUCGCAUCUCCAACAAGGAAUGGCAGAACCCCGUGCCUUGCAUCGAACAACCAGAAGAACUAAGCAAUCAGUUCAGUUUCGCCAACUCCGUUUGGCUUAUCAUUGGUUCAGUGAUGCAGCAAGGUUCAGAAAUUGCACCUAUUGCAUUAGCCCCGAGAAUGAUUACUAGCAUAUGGUGGUUCUUCACCAUGGUAAUGGUAGCGUCAUAUGUCGGCACAUUGGUCGCGUUCCUUACAGUUGAAAAGAAUGUGAUGCCGUUCAAAACACCUGAAGACCUUUUUAAACAAAAAUCAAUUUCUUAUGGUGCAAAGAUAGGCGGGUCUACUAUGGAUUUUUUCAAGGGGGCUUCAAAUGAAAUAUACAAGAAAAUGUAUCAAAAAAUGAUGGCAAAAGGAUGGGCGGUGAGCAGUAAUGACGCAGGUGUCGAACUAGCAGAAAAUUCAACUUAUGCAUUUUUGAUGGAAGGAGCGUCCAUAGAAUAUUAUACAGAGAGACAUUGUGAUUUACUGCAAGUUGGCAACUUGCUUGACCAAAAGAGCUAUGGCAUUGGAAUGAAAAAAAAUUCACCAUAUAAAGUUCACAUUGAUGAUGCACUCCUCAAAUUGAAAGAGAGAGGCGAAUUGCAAAAGUUAAAAGAUAUUUGGUGGAAAGAAAAGCGUGGUGGAGGAAAAUGUGAGGAAAAACACGAAGACACUGCGAAGCGAUUGGAAAUGAAAAAUAUGUCAGGUGCCUUUGUGGUACUAGGAGUGGGCUGUCUCAUUGGCCUCGGUAUUUCUACCCUCGAUAUGCUCUGGGGUGUCUUCAAACGUUCCGUCAAAUAUGGCACCACUUUCAAAUAUGAAUUGAUCGAGGAACUUAAGUUCGCUCUUAAGUUCAGUGGUGACGUGAAACCAGUGAAGCGACCUCCAAAAACGGAUGAUGGAAGUGCUCAAGUAUUAGCUGAUCCAGAAGCGAAGGACGAGAUCAAAUCAUUGAAAUCACAUUUCUCUGGAAGAUCCACUUCAACACAUAAGACACACCACUCUCAUAGCUCUAAGCAUUCUUCUAAUGGUCUCAGUGUCGCAUUUGCUAGGAGACGAGAGUAUACGUAAAAGUUAUAGCUAUUUAAGACCAAUUUAUUCAUAGAGAUACACACACGAAAUUCAUUACCAAAGUAACAAGACAAAAGUAUUAAGAAAGCAGGUCUUCAAGUAAAUACUAUGAACGGUACGUAACAGUAUAUUAGGUUAUAACAUAAUAUAUUAUCUACGAUUAAUUAUAAGCUUAAUGAUAUAUUAUUAUUAACAUUUUAAGGUUUGAAACUGAUGACAGAAUUCAGUCAAUGUUGUACAACCUGCGGUGCUAUUGUCUGUUCAUACUGAUCUGUUAUCUAUACUUAUAUUAU